GGAAUCGACAGUUCGACAAAAUAAACACUGAAGAAAAAAAACACUUGAAAAUAAAGUUAAAGGAAGUUGUACAAGAUAGCCUAUAAUCUCCAAUGGAAAGUCUACAGCAAGUAACAUCAUCGGGCACCAACCUGGCGAUGCCCGAGGAUGGCGCGGGUCAGGGGUCGUCAAACGAGGGCCGCGGGCGCAUCCGCUCGGGCACGGGCACCCCGCUCGGCCUCCGCAUCGGCAGUCUCUUCUUGUCCUGGGCGGAAGUUUCAGACAUCAACUUCUUGUCGGACUCGCAGAUACAACAAAUAUGCUUGGCGACGAAGUCCCGGCGCACCUCGCAGCGAGGCCUGUCGAUAUCGUUCGUACCCUCGCAGCUACUGACGGAGCUGGACGACAAGAUGUUGACCGAAGUGAUUCAGUUCCACGAAAACGUGACAACCCUAAUGAACGAAGAGCAAUACUGGGGUUGUUUCUACAUAUUCCCCGAGUUAUACAAGGACCAGUACUCCCCGACGGUGAAGAUCAGGGGUCGCGGCGACAUCCCGGCGCUGGUCGACGGGGUGCUGACGGUGGACAUGGUCUCCAUACACCUGAGCUACUUGAAGCGGACUCCGAUUUUGAAAGACUUUGUGUAUAUCAAGCUGAAUUUAGCUUCGUUGCACUUAGUAAACAUAGACGUGUUGAAGAACUUUCGCUACAUCGUGUGGCUGGACCUCUCCUCCAAUUAUCUGACGGACGUCACUGUCCUCGCCCACAUGCCGUGCCUCCAGCAUCUGUCAGUGAGCUAUAAUAGACUUAGCAGCGUCCUGGAGUAUAGCCCUGCCCAGCAUUAUUUGACUGAAGUCUACUACAAAUACAACGCGUUGAAAAUCAUACGUGAUCUCACAGACUUUUGGUCGAUAACGGUUCUUGAUUUGAGUCAUAAUAAUAUUAAAAGUAUAAGUGGAUUGGAAAACCUGCAUUUUCUACGACACCUGGACUUAGCCUUUAAUCACAUCAAGACACUGGAAAACUUAAAUAAUCUGCGUUUGCUAUGGUUGGAUUUGUCGUACAAUAACAUCUCCUUAUUCGAGAUAUCCGACACUAUGGGUUUAUGGACGCUACUGCACCUGGAGUAUCUCAAUCUAAAUGAAAAUAACUUGACAUCCAUGAGGCUUUUUUCUGGAUGUUGCAGGCUGCGUGAGCUCCACGCUCGCAACAACCGCUUCCACCAACUCCUGGAGCUGGCGGUCUACACGCGGCAGCUGCAGCGGCUCCAGGUCCUGGACCUGCGAGGGAACCCUGUCUGCGCCAUCCCUGGAUACAGCGACGUGGUGCUGAACACCUUCAGCUUGCUGCUGCGCUUGGAUGACGCUCUGCUUGAUCCCGAGCUUGUGCGUCAAUCCCGCAUGGACAUGAACCCUGACGUCACAACGCUGGCGACGCGGCGCCUGCUCCGUCUCCUGUACGUGGAACAACUCUCCCGCGCGCAGGUGUCUCCGCACACGCCGCCCGCGGACUGCACCGAGGUGCCGCUCAUUGUGCUGGUCGGGUAUGAAGGGGUCGGGAAAGGUAGUCUCGCCAGUCGCCUGCUGUCCGACUACCCUGACCGGGUGCAGCUGGGCCGCCUCCACACGACGGCGCCGGAGCAGGUCUCACGCGGAGACAUCUGCGUCUCGCGCGCACAGUUCGAUCAGAUGAUACUGGACGGACAGUUCCUGACGUACUGCGAGCUGCACGGGGAGUCGUAUGGCCUUAGUCGGGAACAAGCAUUUAUAGAAGGUGGAAAAGCGAAAAUAGUAUGUUUGGACCUCAUAAGUGCCUUGAUGUUGAAGCUGCGCGGGCGCCGCCCGUAUUUGAUCUAUGUGUCUUGUGAAGACAAAGCUGCUUUGAUAAGAAAGCAAAAAGAACUCAAAAUAGCGCGUCAUUUCGCUCAUCACCCGGGGUCCAUGGACGGCUCUGCCGACAGGACCAUGUUGCAGACUCUCCUCUCCGGACGCAUCAUCAUCACCGGCAUUAUCAAUGAGAUACUCAUGAAGCUUCCAGAAGACAAGGACCGGAGUGAGUUCCAGCUGGCGGCGGACUGCUCGCUGCUCGACGACAGUGACGAGCGCACCCGCGAGUAUGUGCAGGGGGCUCAUGUGUUGAGCCGUCUGAGCAAUAGCGUCGUGGCCGAGCCCGGGCCAGCGGCGGCGUCGUCGCUGCAGCGCGCGACAACUCGCGACACGAGCCUGCUGUCGCUGUUCAAGGACUCGCAGGACGGAAGCGACUACGUCAGCGUCAUGGCCGACAGCUUCGGGAGGAAUGUCGCCAAGGUGAGAAGCACGCCGUCCGAGCACUCGCAACCGCUGAGAGACCAACCUGUAGAUACCAGUCAGUAUCAAUCUUCAUUAAAAGAUUUGCCGUUCGACGGCGCUAAGUCGUCGAAAUCUGUGACAUUUUGCACCAAGGACAACCAAGAAAUGGAACUGCAUCCGGCAAUCCCUAUAGACGUCGUGGACAUUGAUAAAAAUGAUCCAGAGAUCGGUCGCGCGAGCUCGCUGCGCUCCGUCAGCGCGCGGCUGCGCGAGGGCGCGCCGGCCGACCACGAGCUGUGGUACGCAUUCCUCGAGGAGGCGGGGCUGCUGCGGCACAGCGACACCUACACACCCGCGCCUAGAUCUUUUUCUAGCGUGUCUCUGUCGGCGGGGCCGGCGCAUAAAAGUUCUUUUCUCAGGCAUAUGGAGAACUAUUCGUCUAGUGGCGCCGACGCGCAAACUACAAAUGUGAGGGAUGAUUACGACAGCAUCCAUCGGAACUCACCCGGAUUAUUCUGGGAGACGAUUAUGACUGACGACGUUGAUAAAGCCUACGAAAAGUUAAAGAGAAUAGUGAGAGAUAUUGUGAGAUCGCAGGCAACACUGAAACCUAUGUUUGACAUAGAUUUCGUAAAUCUUGAAGAAUACCCUUCAGUUCAAAGAAAGUUGGAAAAAAUACGAUGUGAUAUAGCUCCCCACAGGAAUUUCUAUUAAAAUAAAAACAUUAUCAUAAAGUA